AUGACUUUUCCCAGGAUGCCUGCCCGGGGAUUUCGGAAGAAGGUGUCAAUGUAUCGCAGGAGUCAAUCGUCAAAUGACCCUGGAUACCUCGCCAAUCUCAUUAGAAGCAAGUGUGGUUGCAAAGCUCGAUGUUUCAGUACUUUCACCUCCAAUCCAAAUCACCUUGAAUCCUGGAAGAGAAUGCGAGUGACUUUAGCUGGUAUGACCAAGCUCGAGAAAGACCAACAUGUCUUCCAAGUGCUGAAGAACCAAGACCAAGAAACCUGCCGUGGUUCGAGGCAUCUUCGAUUCUUGGGGAACCCUGUGUGCAAUCGAGGGUUCAUGAAACUCUUUGGACAUGAAAUGCUCCAACGCCACCUUCGGCGACAGUUGAGGGACCGCCAGCUGUAUUGGGGGGCCCGGGCGGUUUCAAGACUCAGGGACCUCACCACUGUUUUCUUGAAUGUCCAAGCGGACAAUUGCUGCAAAGAGGUCAAGAACAACGGAACAAUCCGCUUCCUUGCCAUGAAAACGGCAUUGCAUUGCCUGGGAGGUGCCGAGGUCAAUUUUUUGACCUCGGGACACUCUCACGAGGACAUUGACGCACUAUUCAGUGUGAUUGGAUCGGAGAUCGAGUCAUGCAAAGAGUUGUGGACACCCCAAGAUUUCCAACAGUGUUUGGAAAAGUUCAUGCAAAAUACACAAGUUCGUCCUUAUGAACCCCAGAGAAGAGUGGACCAAGCAGUGGAUGAGCGAUGCCGCAUGGCAGCCAAAGGUCUUUCUUUUCCUUCCAGCCUCCGUGGCGCGAAGAGUGACCAUCCAUUCGAUAUGCCCAGUGCUGCGGAACAAUUGGAGAACGUGUCCUAUGGUAUCCUUGACCCAUGCACCAUUGAUGUCAGUUGGUGGGGUUCCCAGGUUCUUCAAGUAUCCCCAUGUUUGAAACACAGUCGGUGGCUCAAGUGUUCCCGCAUCCAUCUUCUGAGGGCUUUGCCUCACUUGGGGCCUGCUGUUGGACGACCUGCAGACCCCGUGGUUCAAGGUCAAUCGUUGGAAGCAGUCAGAACCUGA